GCCAAAUUAUAGAACGUGAUGAUGAUCCUUGCAGUAAAGAUGUCAUUGCCUACUAUAAGUUUGACAGAUCAUUUCGUGAUGUGUGCUUUGGAAACAAUGCCGUAAAAACCGGAGAUAACCCAAUACUGUUUUCAUUACCUGGCAUACGCAAUGGCGCAGCGUCCUUCGCAGGUUAUUUGUCAAAACUCCGUAUUCCUAAUCUAAAUGCUUACAAGUGGGGUUCGAAAUUAUCACUUAGUCUUUGGUUUAAAAGUAAUUCAGGAAGUACAGCGGGUAUAAUCAACAAUGGCGCAGUAUACACGGAUGUAGUCCGUAACAGAACCAAGGUCGUAGGUAGCUGGGAAAUACGACUCACAAGUGGCGGAAGCAAUAAAAAUCGCAUUGGUGCAGCCAUUGUAACAUCUCAUUCAGCGAAGGCUUGGGAAAACGUAACUACCGCAUUUUCCAAUCACUGGCACCAUCUUGUUAUGGUAUACAAUGGCAAGAAAAUUGAAUUUUACCAUAACAGCCACCUUAAGUUCAGCGAAAGUUUGCAGGGCGAAAUCGUGACGAAAAAUUCAGAUGUUAUCAUUGGUCUAACCAAAUAUGGAUAUUACGCCCAAGACGGUUAUUUUUCCGGGUACAUGGAUGAAGUAAAGUUGUUCAAAAAAGCAUUGAAUGCUCACGAGGUUCAACAACUGUAUCGGCUUAAAAAUGUUUAA